CACUAGGCUUACUGCAGCUGCAGAGCCGAGUACAGGCGGCACCAGUUUCGCAGCAGGGAUCCAGGCUCAGAGCAGGAGGCUGGGAGGUCAUGAUGGAGGUGGUGGAAGCAUUCUCAGGGCGACCCCAGCUGCUGCCCUGGGGAGUUGGGGUCGUUGCUGUGCUUUUGACAAUUGUGACUGCGUGGUCCCUGCCCUCCCUGAUGGAAUACUGGAGGCGAUGGCGGAUGCUGACCUCGAUCCCGGGUAUCAGCCCCUGCUAUCCUGUGCUGGGAAAUGCCCUGCUCUUGGAGCGGAAAGGAGAAGAUUUUUUUAAACAGCUACAGCAUUAUGCUGAAGAGUUCAGAAGCUGGCCAUUGUUCAAACUUUGGAUAGGACCAGUGCCUGUCAUGGUUUUGUAUCACCCUGACAGUGUGGAGGUUAUCCUGAACAGUUCAAAGCAUAUAGAAAAAUCAUACCUGUACAAAUUCCUGCAUCCAUGGCUGGGCACUGGACUUCUGACAAGCACCGGAGACAAGUGGCGGUCACGGAGGAAGAUGAUAACUCCCACAUUCCACUUCGCAAUCCUGAAUGACUUUCUAGAGGUCAUGAAUGAACAGGGAAAUAUUUUGGUGAAUAAACUUGAGAAGCAUGUAGACAAGGAGCCAUUUAAUGUCUUUAUGGAUAUCACUCUGUGUGCCCUCGAUAUCAUUUGUGAAACAGCAAUGGGCAGGAAUGUGGGUGCCCAGAAGAAUAAGGAUUCUGACUAUGUUUCUGCUAUCUACAGGAUGGGUGAUCUAAUCCAACGGCGACAGAUGAGCCCUUGGCUUUGGCCUGAUUUUUUAUAUAUAUUGUUCAAAGAAGGAAGAGAGCACAACAGGAACCUCAGCAUCCUUCACAAUUUUACAGAUACAGUCAUUGCAGAAAAAGCUGAAGAACUUAAAAGCACCAAGCAAAAGAAACAUGAUAAUGAUGCCAACUCUGAAGAAAAUGGUUCCAAAAAGAGAAAAGCAUUCCUGGACAUGCUGCUGAAUGCAACAGAUGAUGAAGGGAAAAAACUGAGCUACAGGGACAUUCGUGAGGAAGUGGAUACUUUUAUGUUUGAGGGCCAUGAUACAACAGCAGCUGCUAUGAACUGGGUCUUGUACUUGCUUGGACAUAAUCCAGAAGUUCAGAAGAAGGUUCACAAGGAAUUGGAUGAGGUGUUUGACAAUACUGAACGUUCUGUUACAACGGACGAUUUGAAGAAUCUUCGAUACCUUGAAUGUGUUGUGAAAGAAGCUCUUCGUCUCUUCCCUUCAGUUCCCAUGUAUGCCCGUACCUUGAGGGAGGAUUGCUGUAUAAAGGGACAUCAGAUACCAAGAGGUGCAAAUGUCCUUGUUUUAACUUAUGCCCUGCAUAGAGACCCUGAGAUCUUUCCUGACCCAGAGGAGUUCAGGCCUGAGCGAUUCCUCCCUGAAAAUAGUAAGGGAAGGCACCCAUAUGCUUAUGUGCCCUUCUCAGCUGGUCCCAGGAACUGCAUUGGUCAGCGCUUUGCACAAAUGGAGGAGAAAACUCUUCUAGCCCUCAUCCUACGGCGCUUUUGGGUGGAAUCAUGUCAAAAGCCAGAAGAGCUUGGUUUAUGUGGAGAACUGAUUCUUCGUCCAAAUAACGGCAUCUGGAUUAAACUGAAGAGGAGGCCAAACACUGGAUCAGAAUGAAAGGAAAUUCAAGAGUCUACUUCCAAAAGUUUUCAAUCUAUUUAGGCUGUGACAUAUUUUGAAAUCAAAUAUUUUGAUGUCAGCCCAGCAAUUUGUUAAAACUAUUUGUUACUCUUUUAUUAAAAAAGAUGUAGUAAUAGCUCUAGUUGCUCUACUUUUAUAGUGCUUGUGAACUUUAUAUUAGUCUUUGAAAUGCAAGUCUUUAAAACUUAAAUUUUACUGCCUUAUCUGCUCAGAUGAAGCUAUUCUAUUGCCACAGUGCCACAAUAACUACAGUAAUAACAACAGCAAUGCCUGUGAUAAAAUGAUCAGUUUACAUGCCAAAGCAUUUUCCUAGUAGCUGGAAGUCUCAAGUAUUUUUAAGGUUUUCAUGUUUCUUUGGUUCUGAAAAAUACAAGUGAUAAUCCUUCUUCUUGGCACAACUUUUUUUUUUUGGUGAUGACUGCCUCUGUAAAGAUCAAGGAAAAAUCUCUCAUAAUUUCACUCCUCCUUGGUAAACAUUUAUAGUAGUUUGUAAGAAGGGAGUGCUCUGAAUUAUUUUUUAGCAAACUGUACCAAAAGAAUUAAUCUGUAUAACCAUAGCAGGAACUAGAUAGUAUGCAAGUUAAGCAUAGGAUUUCACAAUGACAGAAGCAAUGUAUUAUUUCAAACUUUGACAAUAAACUUCUACUAUGCCUCAAUGUA